AACUCCCAAAUUGUAAUCGUCAAAACUCAAAAGAGUAAAAAUCUCUCUUUCACAGACCAAAACGCAGUUGUUUUGUUGACUCUUUCAAAUUAGGUUUUCAAUCAAAGCUUCAACUCAACUAAAUCGCCGCUUUCAACAGAAUGAGGUCUAUCUUUUGUGGGAACUUUGAGUAUGAUGCAAGACAGACUGAGCUGGAACGGCUAUUCAAACGAUAUGGGAGAGUUGAACGGGUGGAUAUGAAAGCUGGAUUAUCUUGGGAAAUAUAUACUCUUCCCGGCUUAUGGAUGGCUGUUCAGAAAUCUGUUCCUUUCCUGUGACAAGCAUCUUUUUGUUUUCAAGAAGAAUUACUCUCAUCCGCAAUGGCAGAACCAUGCCAAUUUUUCUGAGACACUAUUGCCUUUCAUUUCUCAUGACUUUUGCCCAGCCUUCAAUCCCAGACAUGUUUCAAUAUUGAAACAUUGUCGACCUCACAGCAGAGGCAGCAGAAUAGAUGGAGAAGGCUCUCUAUUUUCAUUGACCCACCAUGAGACAUCCACAUUUGGAUUCUAGUUCCUUGACAUCAUUUAGUUCAUCUCGCACAAGGUCUGUUGCUAUUUCUACUGGUCACUUAGUUUAUAGAUUUCAGGUAGGUUGCCAAAUUUUAUUCAAGGGUAGAGGCGGUUUGUGUGCUGCUGACCAAGAAAUACCAUCUGAUCAUCAAAGAAUCCUUUCAGUGAGGGGUUCUUGUUCCUUUUAUAGUGAACACGACUAUUAUACAUUUUACUGAGUGUCUUUAUGCUGUACUUGUAUACAGGAUUUGCUUUUAUUUAUAUGGAAGAUGAGAGAGAUGCUGAGGAUGCAAUUCGAGGACUUGAUCGUGUAGAAUUUGGUCGCAAGGGCCGCAGACUUCAUGUUGAAUGGACAAAGCAAGAACGUGGGGCUAGACAGCCCGGUGGCUCAUCAAGAAAAUCUGCUAACACAAGGCCAUCUAAGACUUUAUUUGUUAUCAACUUUGAUCCACAUCAUACUAGGACUAAGGAUUUGGAGAGGCACUUUGAGCCAUAUGGGAGGAUAGUGAGUGUAAGGAUAAGAAGAAAUUUUGCAUUUGUUCAGUAUGAAGCACAGGAGGAUGCCACUAAAGCACUGGAUGCAACAAACAUGAGCAAGCUGCUGUAUCGAGUUAUUUCAGUGGAAUAUGCCGCUCGAGAUGAUGGUGAAAGGAGGGAUGGACACAGUCCUGAUAGAAGUCGUGAUAGGUCACCUGAUAGGCGAGGACAUGAUAGGAGGCGUUCUCCAAGUCCUUACCGAAGAGAAAGGGGAAGCACUGAUUAUGGCCAUGGCCCCAGUCCUUAUCGCAAAGAGAGGGUUAGCCCAGAUUCUGGAUGUCGCCACAGUCCUAGCCCCUAUAGGAGAGAUAGGGCUAGCCCUGACUAUGGCCGGGGUUCAACUCGUAGUCCUUCCAGGAGAGAGAGGGCUGGCAGUGACCAUGGCCAUGGCCCCAGCCGUGGUCCUUACCGCAAGGACAAGGCUAGUCCUGUCAAUGGUAAUGGCCCUAGUGAUAGUCCUUAUCAAAGGGAAGAAAGGCUUAGCCCUGAAAAUGGUCGUGUCCCGAGCCGUAGUCCAUAUGGAAGAGAAAAGUCUAACCCAGACAAAGGCCGUGGCUCCAGCCAUAGUCCUUCUGAAAGAGAUGGGUCUAGCCCUGAAAAUGGUCAAUGGAGAAGCCCAAGCUCCAAUCCUGACAAGAGGGACAGUGCACUUGGAAGAGUUGAAAGCCUUAGGCAUGAGAGAUACCACAGUCAAUCACCAGCAGCAGAUGAAUGAUUCAAACUCGUUUGGCUUAUAUUGGUUUGUCAUUUGGACGGAGCUGGGCUGACAAUCUCAGUAUAUGCCUCACCUUUGCCAUCAUAACUAACUAUCACAAGUGCUAGAUUGCAAGUUAUGCCCCCAUCUUGUAAUAUAGGAUCUAGUUUGUGCCAGUUUGUAGUCUUGUGCUUCCAAUUUCUAUGCAAAAACUUAAGUGGAUUCUGUUGUUUUUGGAACUUAAUAGAAACCUUUAUGUCAAACAUGUUACUUAUAUGCCACCUCGAUGCUCAUUUGCUUU